UAAAAUACAAAUUAUUUCAUAAAAUAAAUAUAAUUAAACCAUUGAAAUGUUAUUUUAGUAAAAUAAAUACUACGUCACAUUUUACGUACAUUAUAGGUAGGAGAAAAAAAUCCGCCAGCAUGAAGACCUUAUGUCUACUUCUGGCCGUGUCCCUCAUGGUUGGAGUAGCAGUGGGAGUCGACAGGAACAAUUUUAAGACCUGUGAACAGUCGGGCUUCUGCAAAAGACUUCGCCCCUACAAACCAGAGAAAUCACAGUACGUGCUGAAUAUAGAUACAGUUAUAGUCCACGGAAAUGCUCUCUCAGCCGAGGUGAACACUAUCGACGCGGAAUCUGAAAGCAAAAAUGUUAUUUGGAAGUAUGCACUCAAACUGUCUGCACUGUUAGAUGGAACCUUCCGCAUCGAGAUUGACGAGGCGGAACCGUUGUAUCCUCGGUACAGAACCCAGCUAGCACUCGAUGGAGAACCAAAGGGCGACAAGUUGACCCUCAUCUCCAACGAAUCAGGCAAGCUGACUCUCUCCAAUGCUCAGGGGCACCACGUGAUCAUCACAGUGGAACCUCUCAAGUUUGAGUUCACGGACCGUGCUGGGGAGGUGGCAGUGGUUGUGAACGACAACGGACAGCUCGUGGUGGAACCGCUGAAGACCAAGGUAGAGGGAGAGGACGAAGACGCCGGUGGUGAGAAUUUCAAGGGCCACCAUGACAGCAAGCCGCGUGGUAACGAAGCUCUGUCCAUCGAUAUUGCCUUCCCUGAGGCCGAACAGAUCUAUGGUAUCCCCGAACACACUGACAACUUCUACCUCAAAACCACAACGGGUGGGGAGCCCUACCGUCUGUACAACCUGGACGUGUUCGAGUUCGAGCUGGACAGCCGCAUGGCCCUGUACGGCGCCGUGCCCGUGCUGUACUCACAUGGACCCAAACGCAGCGCUGGCGUUUUCUGGCACAACUCGGCGGAAACCUGGGUGGAUGUUGUGAACCAUGCUGAGAAUACUGUUGUAUCGUCCCUGGUUAAUCUCGUCACCGGCGGGCAGAAGAAACAAAUUGAUGCUAGAUUCAUGAGCGAGUCCGGUAUAGUCGACCUGUUUGUGUUCCUCGGUGACACCCCGUCUGAUGUGUUCAGACAGUACACCGCGUUGACUGGUGUAGCGCCGUUGCCGCCUCGUUUCUCGCUAGCUUACCACCAGUCGCGAUGGAACUACGUCGACGAGGCCGACGUGAGACAGGUCGACGAUAACUUCGACGCGCACGACCUGCCCGCUGACGUCCUGUGGUUGGAUAUCGAGUACACUGAUCAGAAGAAAUACUUCACAUGGGAUCCCAUCAAGUUCGCCCAUCCCACGGAAAUGGUCGCCAACCUGACCGCCAAGGGUCGCAAGCUGGUCGUCAUCAUAGAUCCUCAUAUCAAGAGGGAAGCCGGUUACUUCUUGCACGAUGAUGCUACUGAGAUGGGACUGUAUGUGAAGAAUAAGGACGGGAAGGAUUAUGAAGGUUGGUGCUGGCCCGGCUCAUCGUCCUACCUCGACUUCUUCGACCCCGAGGCAUCCAAGUACUACUCGGAGAGAUACAAGUUUGAGAACUUCCCGGGUACCAGCAAAGAUGUUCAUAUAUGGAACGACAUGAAUGAGCCUAGUGUAUUCAACGGACCAGAAAUUACGAUGCCCAAAGACGCGCGUCAUUAUAAAACUCCCGAAGACGGACAAGACGGCCUUGCCUCAUACUGGGAACACAGACACAUCCACAACGAAUACGGGUUAUGGCAUAUCCGGGCUACACACGACGGCAUGCUGCUAAGAACCAACAACCAGUACAGACCGUUCAUACUGACUAGAUCUACCUUCGCUGGUACACAGAGGUACGCGGCAAUGUGGACGGGUGACAACAUGGCCGAGUGGGGCUUCUUGCGUGCUUCGGUGCGACAGUGUCUAUCCGUAGCCACUGCCGGCAUCAGCUUCUGCGGUUCCGACGUGGGCGGCUUCUUUAAAUACCCCGAGGCGGAGCUCAUGACGCGGUGGUACCAGGCCGGUGCAUACCAAGCUUUCUUCCGCGCUCACUCGCACAUCGAGACGAAACGUCGCGAGCCGUGGCUGUACGACUCCACGACGCUGUCCCGCAUACGCGACGCGCUGCGACGCCGCUACGUGCUGCUUGACUUUUGGUACACCCUGUUCUACGAGCACACUAUCGACGGUCUACCUGUCACCAGGCCGCUGUUCCAGGAAUAUCCUAAAGAGUUGGAGACAUAUACCAUCGAUGAGGCGUACUUGUUAGGUGACAAACUCCUCAUCAGCCCAGUAAUGGAAGCCGGAGUGACCAGUGUGAAGGUCUACUUGCCAGGUAGAGAGAGCAACACACGUUGGUACGAUGUCGACUCAUACCAAACGUAUGAAGCCAACGGAUAUAUGAAUGUGGAUGUUAAUAUUAACAAGGUGCCAGUAUACCAGCGCGGCGGUACUAUAGUUCCCCGCAAGGAACGUGUCCGCAGAUCUUCGCAACUUAUGGUCAACGAUCCUUACACGCUCAUCGUGGCUUUGGACGCCAAUAACACUGCUACCGGCUCUCUAUACAUUGACGACGGUGAGACUUUCGACUACAAAUCCAACAACUACAUCUACGCCAAGAUCACGUAUGACUCCGUCAAGUUGUCCUACAAAUUCGUAAACACCAAAGCCACGUACCCGACAAAGUCCUGGCUCGAGCGCGUCGUCAUAGCGGGCAUCAAGUCGGCCCCUCGUGCCGCGACGUUACGUAGCGGUGCGAAGUCCACGCCUCUCCAGAUGACCCUACAUCGCGGUAACGACGUGCUGGUGAUCAGGAAACCGGCAGCCAGCAUGGCGCAGGAGUGGGAGAUCGAGUUUACUUAUUAGGGUGGCUAGAUGGCGCCACGUAACCAUAGACAAAUAGCAUAGAUAAUGAUGAAUUAAGAAACAAAACUACCCCCGAAGUAAACUCAAAUUUUCCAGCAGCGAGUGGGUUGAUGAUGAUGAACUGUUGCUAGAAACA